CCCGGUUGGCCGCAGUCAGUCAGUCCGUUUCCGUGAGCCGAAAGAGUAAGUUCAGUUUUCUGAUUCGGAAGGUUGUAGUCGGUGCGUGUACAAAGCCGGUAUUUGUUUCUGCCUCUUACCUCCAGAGACCUUUUACCAUAGGAGUGACAAGGAAAAAGCAAUCGUACACCACAGACGAAUAUCCUCUCACACAGAGUUGGUUUAUCGGUGUUCAGUGUGUUCCAGAUAAAGUUCGUGCAAAAAUGGCCUCAGGAGUAACUGUGUCGGAUGUGUGCAAAACGACGUACGAGGAAAUCAAAAAAGACAAAAAACAUCGCUAUGUCAUAUUCUACAUCCGAGACGAGAAACAAAUCGAUGUGGAGGUGAUCGGUGACCGUAACGCCGAGUACGACCAAUUCCUGGAUGACAUCCAGAAGGGUGGACCGGGCGAGUGCCGGUAUGGUCUCUUCGACUUUGAGUACAUGCACCAGUGCCAAGGCACCUCGGAAAGUUCCAAGAAGCAGAAGCUGUUUCUUAUGUCCUGGUGCCCCGAUACCGCUAAGGUCAAGAAGAAGAUGUUGUACUCGAGCUCCUUUGACGCGCUGAAGAAGUCGCUGGUCGGCGUCCAGAAGUACAUUCAGGCUACCGAUCUCUCUGAGGCAUCACGAGAAGCUGUCGAGGAAAAGCUGCGCGCCACUGAUCGUCAAUAAGAUUAUCCUUACUUAAGAUUACGCACACAACAGAUACAACAGCUACUACUACAACAGAAACAAAACCCAACACGAAAAUACACUGUUACAUAAAACUACACUCAGAGCCAGAAAAUUACUUCAGGAGAGAAUGUAAAAGUAAAAGCAGAAUACAUCAGAACAAACGUAACAAUUCAAGAGAAUAAGCAAAACACUGAAACAGCAUAUGAAAACAAUGAAACAUAAAAAUAAACGCAAACUAAGGAUAAAACAGUAAACAAAAGCAAAACUUGAAUGGAUUAAGAAAGCGUGUCUGCUAUUAGAAUAAAACAACUAUUUCGGAUUGGUUUGCGGUGGGCGGGGGGCAGAUCGAUUUAUGCAGCCGGACACAGCAAAUAACAACUGCAACAAUAAGAACGAUAGUGUAAAUCUAUCGCGCAGGGGAAGUCAAAACACUGUCGGGAAACGUGUGCCCAUUCUCCGGGGCCAAGUGAGAGAGAGAGGAAGCGUUUCUUAGCAAGGCAUUUAUUUAAGCGUGUGUUUAUUGCCUCUCUUGGCCCUUUCAAGAUUCGCUCCUUUCCUUCCCUCUUUCUUAUCCAUUAUUGAUUGUGUGUGCGGUUAUCAUCAGGAAACAAAAGAAUUAAUAAAAAAAAACUUCAACUGAAAAUUCAAAACGAACAAUCGUAUUACAGUUAUGAUUAAUUUAAAUUAAAACAAUAAAAUACUAAUAAAGAUAAA